AUGACCGGUGUAUUUGACAGUCUUGCUGCAGAUAUGCAUUCGAACCAAAUUACCUCGAGUUAUCACACCAUGCACAAGUCCCACUCCCAGGAAUCUCCAACGUUGCCAGUGUCUACUGCAACUGACAGCAGCUAUUACAAUGGGCAGCAGCACGGCCCCUGCGCUGGGUCGCCUUAUGGACAGCUUAACUCCUACCAGUUCCACGUUGGUAACAUGAACAAUCUUUCGUACAGUGCCAAAUCCUAUGAAAUCAGUUACACAAAUUGUUACAAUACCUACACAUCCUUCGGUACAAGUAAUUCGCCGGUAAAUACUGAUGUAGAAAAAGAAGAGUGCGAGCCUGAAAUAAGAAUAGUAAAUGGAAAACCAAAGAAAGUUCGAAAACCCCGAACCAUUUAUUCCAGCUUUCAACUGGCAGCUUUGCAGAGACGGUUUCAGAAGACCCAGUAUUUGGCUUUGCCUGAAAGGGCCGAGCUGGCUGCAUCCAUGGGCCUUACACAGACUCAGGUAAAAAUUUGGUUUCAGAACCGCCGAUCUAAAUUCAAGAAAAUGUGGAAAAAUGCAGAACUGCCAAAAGAACAGAAUCUCAGUGCCAGGGAGUCUCCACCUUGCAGCUCUCCUCCCUCCUCAAUAGCAUGGGACCAUUCUCCACACCAGAGAAUCAGCUGCAACUCAGCCAUCACACAGAACAACAGCCCUGCCGCGGCCUUUAUAGGAAACUACUCCUGGUAUCCUGGUUCAAGUAGUGCUUCACAUUUUCAAUCAACCCCGGUUCUUCAGCACCAGCCUACUGUAAGCACAGGGACAAUGUACUGA